AUGAGUCUUCCCACUCAGGACAACAACCCUACCAUCCUGUCAUUCGUCGGCCGCAACUUGGUCGGCGUCGCUGGUGCCAACCGAAUCCUCCAACAGGUCACCCUCGAGAAGGAGCACCUCGAAGCCCCCCUGAACGCUCUGGGCAACGCUGGCGCUGUAGCCCUGGUGCGCGGACUCGAGGCCAAACGGUUGCUGUUCUCCAACGACGUGCCUACCAAGCAAUGGGGCCUGGUCCAGAUAAACGUGGCCGACAAUGAUAUCGGUGACGAAGGCCUCCUCACUGCCAUCAAGUACGCCAGUGAAGACCACAAGCUGCGCAUGAUGUACGUGCAAUCGAACAAGAUUACUCUCGGUGGUGGCGUCGACGAGUUUGUGGAGCAUCUGGACCGCUCGCACCUGAAUGUCCUCGUUCUUGCCAACAACGUCUUACUCUCGACAGCAGCCGUCAAGCUAUUCGAAACCCUGAAUGCGCCGCAUCUGCACAACCUUUGCUUGGCAUCAUGUCGUCUUGUGCCGUCGUGUGCCCCGGCUAUCGCCGAGUUCCUGCUGUCGCCUCGCGCCAAGAACUUGCGCGAACUCCAGCUCCAGGAGAACUACCUCGGUCGUGAGGGCAUGAAGAUGAUCAUCGACGCGAUCGCCAGGGGCAACUUUACUCUUGAGAAAGUGUCACUGUACGAGAACAACAGGGACGAGCCUGAGGAGGUCGAGGGCGGUGACGAGGUCCCGGUACCACAACCGGUUCCAUUCGUCGCACAACCAAUCCAGCAAACAGCACUAGCAGUGCCUCCCCAAGGGGAUGCAGGAGCGGCACCGGCGAAUGCCAACGCCAACGCCCCUACAGAUGAACCCGCCCCCCGCCGUCGCGAGUCGUACGUGCUCAACACGUUCUCAGAGCACGAAACCUUCGACCCUCUCCUUCGCCGGCUCCAGGGGCUUCUGUACCGGAACAACAACCUGGCGGACCGUGUGCGUGAAGCUGCGGCCCGCUCCAUCGUUCCUGCACGCGUAAUCAUUCACGGUCGCACGCCCACGGUAUCGGAGGCGGCGACGAUGCGAAACCCUGUCGGCAGCCCCGAGCCAUUCCCUCUGCUUUCGCUCCCUCCGGAAGUGCGGCUCUUGGUAGCUCGCUACGCCUCUUUGGAUGCCGCAGCCCUGAGUCACUCGCAAUGGGCGCGGAUCGUCAAGCACGCCUCGGACCGCAGCACGAUUGCCGACACGGCUCGGCUGAUUAGCGAGGCGCAGUGGACGGCCAAACUCAAGACAAGGAGCCGAACAGGUUGCGCUCUGGACGUUUGGUGCACACGGCUCGAGUGCAACAAGUGGGAGCUUGACCGUCCUGUGCGAUAAGUCGCGGCGGUCGGGCUCGAGCGGGUCGAGGAAGUCGAGCGACUCGAGCAACAGCUCGCCCUCGCCUCGACCGCCUCGCCAAUCAAGUUGUAUAUGCCUCCACUUCUCUGUGUUUAUGUGCUUUUCCCGUCGCUUGGUCAUAGAGCGGAUGUAUAGAUGGAACCGAUAA